AUGGCCUUCUUGGAGGACGAGGACGACAUGCGCGCCUUUGAAGCCACGCUUAACUUUUUCUCGAGGCGUCAGCGUCGUCUAGGAGUUCCGAUGGGAGUGCAUCUGACAGUCGGAAUGCCAAAGAGCUGGAGGCGUCGGAGCUGUCGACGAGCGCAGGGAGGGUUGGCGGAUUUAACGAUUCGUUGGAGUAUUCCUCCACAACCACAAGCGAAUCCGAAUCGAGUUCGGAAUGAGCUCCGAUUUGAGUUGGCUUAUCUCCGUGAGAAGGCUUCGCAGUUGGAGCAUGAGCUGAACACAUUGCAGCUCAAUACAAAGGUCAAUAGGAUAUGCGACGGAGAGGCAAAGCAGGAUGACAUGACGCAACUCUCUACAGAUAGCUCGCCACAGUUGCUUGGGGCUUGGAAAGGGAUCGCUGGACGACAAAGACAGAGGAGAGAAGGCGCUGAGCGUGAGAAUGCGAGAUUGAGAAUCAUUGUAGAGCGACAGCGGAAGGUGGCGAUCGAUUUGAGCGAGUUGUUGCGGAAACGAACAGCGGAAUGCGCGCAUGCCAGUGACCCUUACAUUUCUGAGCGUCGCUUGAGCCGCGUGAUUGAUUUCCACGGAGACAUUGGAGAGUUCCAAGAGUUGUUCCAGGAUCUGGAAGACGCUUACCACGAAGCAGAUGAAGUGCUUCAAGCCAAUGGACUAGCCACGAUGGCUAUUCCUACGCAUGAUGUGCACAUCCGUGAAGGCGUCGGUGGCAAGUAUAUCGAAUUCUUCGCCAACAAGGCUUUGCCUUUUCCUCUCCAACAAACCUCGGAAGCCGCUUGGGACGAUUUCAAAGGAGUGGAUAAACACUGGGGCAAUGGCGGACUGUACGAGAAGGCCACUAAGAAUCUCGACCAGCCCUACACAGUCCUGGAGGACUUUACGAAGUCGAACAACUCGAAGGCGGACAUGCAGCUCAAGCAGAUCGUACGACGCUACGUCGAACCAGACCGCGACAUCAUCGUGUUUGUUUCCAAAGUGUCGCCUAUUGAGAUUAAGAAUAAGGCGAUCGCAGGACUCACUUACCACCUUCGAGGCUACGUCGUCACCAAGAAGUCUCGAGUUGGCCACGACCUCUCGUUGUUGCAGUUUUGUUCUCGCAUCUCCAUCGAUAAGAAGCCUGGCGUGAGUUACGAUCCUAACCACAUUCGCGCACUCACGAGGUUCCUGAUCGGCAAUACUGUAGGCAACAUCCGAUGCUACCACGAGCGAAUCGAGAACGCUCUCGUCGAUCAAGCUUUGACGAAGCAGCUCAUACCAACAAAAACGACUGGAAUGGAGCUUGUCGGGGGCGAAGAUGACAUGCGCGCGUUCGAGGCGACGCUGAGCUUCGUGGAGGAAUAUGCGAGCGACGCCUUCACGUCGAUGGAGCUCCCCAAUCUCUCAGUCACGUCGGAUGUCUCGAGUUCGUUUUCGUUUCGACUGGAAAAUCAGAUUCCGCCGGCAGACGUCGUGCCGUCGUCCUCGAGCUCCCCUACGUCGUCUAUCGGUACCAUUGACACUUCGACCAUGACGCUGACUAACUCGACGGAUCAGCUCUCAAUGGGCGUCUCGAACGAGGCUCUGGUCCCCACGCAAACCUCGAAACCCCGGAAAUCGACUAGAAAAAGAAAAUCCCAAGCCAACCCGAACCGGGCGCGCAACGAGCUCCGCUUCGAGCUUGCAUUCCUUCGUGAGAAGGUGACGCAGUUGCAGCAGGAAUUGCAGUCGCUGCAACCGACUCAGGAAAAUUUGAUUUGUGACGGAGAUUCGACGACGCUUGCUACCAGACCAAAUGGAGUUCGUGCUCGUCCGUCAUCGCAAGUACUCUGUGCGUGGAAGGGAGUGGCAGACCGACAAUUGCGGCGACGUGAAGACUCCGAGCGCGAAAAUGCGCGCCUGAGACUCAACGUGGAGCACCAACGGAAGGUGGCCAUCGAUUUGACCAAACUGCUGCGCAAGCGAAUGGCCGAGUGUGCGGAAGCUCAAGACCCGAGUGUCAAGGAGAAUAGAUUUACUCGAGUACUCGACUACCACGGCGACUUGGCCGAGUUCCAAGAGCUGUUCCCAAUUCUGGAAGAAACCUACCACGGUUUAGAUACCGUACUGGAGGAAACUGGCCUCGCGACCAUGGAUAUCCCGACUGAAGAUGUAAACAUACGUGAAGGCGUUGGCGGCAAAUACGUCGAGUUCUUUGCGAACAAAGUCCUUCCUUUCGGGCUCAGUGACACAACGGAGGCCGCAUGGGACCACUUUAAAGGGAUUGACAAGCAUUGUGGCAAUGGCGAGUUGUACGAAAAGGCAGCGAUGAAUCUUGACCAGCCUUUCACAAUUAUCGAAGACUUUACAAAAGAAGUUUAUUCCAACAAUUCUCGCGCAGACAUGGAGAUGAAGCAGAUUGUGCGGCGCUACGUGGAACCGGAUCGGGAUGUUAUCAUUUUCGUUUGCCGAGGACAACCCAUUGAGAUUAAACACAAGGCGAUCGCUGGAUUGACGUACCAUCUUCGUAGCUACGUUGUCGCCAAGCGAGCUCCAGCUUCGACUGCAGAUCAUGAUUUGUCGCUGCUGCAGUUUUGCUCAAGGAUUUCUAUUGACAAAGAGCCCGGCGUGGUGUACGACCCGGUUCAUGUUCGGGCAUUGACCAGCGCCGGAAGCGACCGCGCCAGCAGCAGCAGCGGUGGGACGAGCGCAGGAGGAUCAACGCGUGUGUCGGGUGCGUCUGGUGGUAUGCGAGUGUCUUCGCUCCCGCGUCGUGGCCCGGGACUGUCAGCAAUGGAGACGGAAAUAACUGGUGGUGAAGAAUUAGAUAUUUCGAGUAAUUGUGGGAGCGGGACCGGCAGUGAAGACAUGGAGGGAGGUGAAGAAACCGUGGCCGCCGGUAGUGAUGCCUCUGCGGACGACACAGAGGCAUCUGAUAGAGCGAGCGUUGACGAAACGGUGCACGUGGAGGUGUCGCUGGGUUGGCAUUCGGAUUGGGCGGCGUGGCAGGCGUACUUCACGCAGUACUGCGACAGGACAAUGCAGGUCUUAUCUGUAAAGGAAACAAUGUCACGAAACUGCACAAGUGUCCAGGAUUAA